UUCUCUUCUUCCUCAAUUUCUAAAACCCUAGUACAGAUCGUCCAGAGCACAGAAACGGGGGAAGAAGCAAGACAAUGGCGAGCUCAAUUCUUGCAAAAAUGGCGAAAUCAAUCAGAAUCGCCAAUCCCACGCUAAUUCCAUCUCAUUCGUUUCGCUGGCGUACGCUUACUACCAGUGUCGCCACCGCCGCCGAACAAUCUCAAGCCGACGCCGCCUCCUUCACAUUCUCCGAGGACAGUACUAGAGAAGAUCCUAUAUUCGUCAAGGCUCCAAACACGAAAUCCGGAGCUGAUUCUUCAUCCUAUUCCAGUUCUUCGGUGACGAUGCCGACCUCGUUCAUGACUGGUUCUGUCGUAGGCAAGCGGUUUUACAAGCAAGUGACUACGAGAGAGGCAGAUGAUCGGAAUGGAUGGACGGUGAUGCUUGAUUACCGGACGCUGAAGACUCCUUCGAAGAGGCCGCUGAAGCUACCGACUCUUGGCCUUGCCAAGGCAGUUGCGGCUGAGUGGGAAUAUCAGGAAACCGAUGGGAUUAGACCUUUCUCAAUGCCUCUAAUGAAACUUGCCUGUACCGCAUUGGAAAGAGUGCCUCUUACCAGGCCCAAGAUUAUCGAACAUUUAGUGCAGAAAUUCAAUCAGGAUCUGGUUUUCUGUCGUGCUCCGGAUGACAAUGUUCUAACAAGUGGAGUUUAUGAACGACAAGUGGAGAAAAUCGAUCCUUUACUCGACUGGGUGCGCUUAGAAUUUGGCUUUAAGCCUAUUGUAUAUUCCAGCUUUUUUGGUGGGAAACAGGAGGAUGGUCUUAUAAAGGCUGUUGAAGAUCUUCUGAGGAAAACAGAUGACUGUGAAUUGGCAUCAAUUGAUGCCAUUGCAUCAGCUGCACACUCUUUAGUAAUUGCUAUUGCAAUUUUUCGUGGAAAGUUGCAGAUUGAAGAAGCAAUCGAGUUGAUUAGACUCGAAGAAGAUCUACAGGUGGAUAAAUGGGGUCUGGUCGAAGGUGGUCACGAUGUCGAUAUUGCUGAUCUACGGGUUCAGAUCUCAUCUGCCGCAGUAUUUCUUGCUCUUUCAAGGAGGUUUUGAAUCCAUUAAUCUGAUUACUUUCUUAUCCUACCCUAUCAGCUAGGAUGUGCCUUUUUUUGGUUUUUUUUUUUUGUUGUAGAUCCAAAGGGCCUUUCUAAAUUAUACUCCAAGACUGUUUAUAAGACAUCUUGUAGCUGUGAGCAGUUGAGAAAAUAAGGAAGAGAUUGUUUCUGUAAACACUUCCCUCUGGCCAAGAAAGAACCAAGUAUUUAGAUGUC